GCUCUCCAACUCAUCAAUACUGCGCUCUGCGCGCUCUCUCUGCCCUCCCGACGCCCUCGCCGCGCGGGCUGCCGGCACUGGCAGCUGGCAGCAGCACCGGAAGGAGUGGACGCGGACGCGCCUGCAAUUGGCUUCAUUUCACCGAGUCCCUGCUGCGCGCCACUCGCCUUACCAUACCGAGGCCUAUGCGUUGUCCUCUUAUCACCAGUCCGCGAAUCACACGCCGUUACGUGCGGUCCCUUUUCGUCUCGCCGUACCACACACGCUGUCGCCCGCGACCGCCAGCGCGAUCCCGCGAUGCGACCGCCAGCACACCUCCCGGGCGGUGAAGCAGAGGCAAAGGGCCGUCCCCCGCUCAUCACAAGUCGCGCCGUCAACCCCGCUAUGAGAGCUGCGAUUAUAUUGCGUCAUGGCCCGGCUAAUCAGCCGAAAGUGCGUCCAGCCUCGUUUGCGUGUCUGAAUGCGGCGGCGGACAUUCCGGCAGGCCGCACGCAUAAACCGUUCUCCACUCCAACACACAUGGCUUCCUCUCGCGGCUGCCUCGACCGAGAGGCGAAACACGCCGCGUUGGGGCAGACCGCUCAAUGGCCAGGAUAUCACUGCCCGGAUACCGUGUGCGCGGGGCAGCUUGUCCUCUUCUACACCCAUCAGUCACGACACCAGCAAUGGAGAGAUGCGGCACGGAAACAGCAAAGAUCGAUACGACGCAAGACUUGUAGUCCUGUCGGUUGCCUUACCGAAUGUUUCGGUUGGCUAAAUCAUCCGCCGCAGCUACUUUCGUAUGAAGGACUCUGAGCUGCAGCAUCAUGUCUUCCCUCAUGCAUAGUCGCCUUCAAGGCGUUAAGGACACCACCACCGGUCAGCAGAAAGCGUGAAACUUGGCCCAUAGCCCG